GCCCUAGUCGUCGUCCUCUAUGAUCUGUUGCGUGAAGAGACCGAGGCCCUGACGAUGUGAGAAAGUGUGAAACAUAAAUCGACAACUGCGAGCCGAUCCGGCGACUUAACUGCGAGGCCGCGACUUGACUGAGAGGCUAUGAAUUGUGAACAUCGUGUUGUACGGAGCUGAGACCCCCUCGCUUGACUGAGGUUGCGAUUUUAAGGACAUGGAAGUUGGAACUUCAGCCACGAGUUCUGAAGCUGCUAAAUCAACAAAAAUAUUGGAAUAUUGGUUAAUCGUAGUGCUGAAAAAUGAAAAAAGAACCCAUAAAAUAUACUAGUAGGCAGUCCACAAUUCGUAGUACAAGUACUAGUGGUAGGCUUGUGGAUGAGGAAAGUGAUGGAGAAAUUGAAGAGGAUGUAGGAGGAUAUAAAUUAGAAAAUGGAGAAGAAACAAACUCGUCUUUUCAUGACAAAUAGUCCUGCAGAAAAUAGGGAAUUGGGCUAGAAAACUAAAAUCUAAUUAUGUUUUAUGUUCUACUUUUAAUGUUUAAGACUUUAAGUGAAUCAUGAGCCAUGACUUCAAAUUGGUUAAUCGUGACUUUAUUUUGGUUAAUCGUGAGUUUAUUUGUAAGAAACAUGACUUUUUAAUGUAGUUGGUUCAAUAUAGUGUUAUAUACAUCAUGUUUGAUUGUUGGAGAGUAGUGUGUGUUAUUUUUUCUAAGCAGUGCGCCUGACAUGAGUCACGCGAUUGCUUUUUUGCGCCUUGCGCCUCAGGCGCUUUUGCCUCAGGCGCUGUAAAUCCCCUGUCGCCUUGAGUGCGCCUAACGCCUUUGACUACCUUGGUUUAAACUUUAAAGUUAUCAUAUAAAACUAUCACUUAGCUUAGUAAUUUAUUUGUUUAAUAUUACGUACUUUACUAGUUUACUACUUGGCUCAAGAUAGUUUAAUUUAAUUAGAAACAAGAUUUUGUCUAUACUAAAUGAUAUGUUGUAGGCUUGUAGCAACAUUUAAGCAACUAAUUUUGAGGCUUACGCCUCGUUACGCCUCGGGAGGCUACCACCGAAAGCCUCGAGGCCUGAUUUCACCUUUCAAAACCUUGGUAGUAAUGUGAUUUUUUUGUGAUUUUCACAUCUUGUCAUUAGUUGUUAGUAUUAAUUGAGUUAAAAUGUAAAAGUAUUGGGCAUUUUAUUAUUUAAUAUUAGAAAAAGUGUUUUUAUAUGAAUAACUCUAAACAUAUAUGUGAUUGAUAUUUUUUACCACAUUUUCAUGUCACCUGCAUUCAUUAAAUUCGAAAAAAUUUCAUUACCCAAUUAAUACAUCUAACCAAAAAAUGUAUUAGUAUGAAACUAUAGAAAUUGUUCACUACAAGACUAAAACAUAGACAAAGUUCAAAAAUAAGAUUAUGUAUCUGCAAAUAGAACUUAUUUAAUUCUAUUAAAAGAAUUACUUGAUUAAAACUUUUCAAAAUAGGAGUGAAUGAGUCCUAUUUUGAAAAUAUAAAACAAUGAUAAUCUUAUUUAUCAACUUCAUCUUUGUUAUAAUCCUAUUUACGGAAUUUUCUCCACGAACUAUAUAUGUAUACAUAUCCUUUUAUUAUUAUAGGAAGUAUAUAAGUUUGCAAUUGUAUCCUUAAAAUAGAAAAUGAUAAAUUCUUUUUACAAGAUUAAACAUGAAUUCAGGGAAUAGUUCUUGAGUACAAUUUUUUUCUUUAUUAAAUGCAGCUUCACUAGUAUAAUUCUAUAUCUAAUAAACACCCCAUUCCUCAAUAUGCCCAGAAAGCCCCAAACCUCCAGUGGUGAGAAAAAAUUGCAAUGGUUCGUAAGCGAUUUCAAGAUGCUAAAACAGGGUUUGUGAUGCUGAAAUCAUUCCGCACAGAGAAACUACUGGAUAAAAUAGGGCUAGGAAAGGAGGAUUAUCACUUCUGGCAGCAAUUGAGUAAGGCUUUGCUCUGCACUUAUACAAUAGCUGGCUUGGCGUGGCUAUAUAAUGAGACGUCACUGCUUGGGUGGUGGACGCUGAAACCAAAGCCCAAGGAAGAAACGGAGUUGGCCCACCUCUAUGAGCGGCGGAGGUUUCCAUAUCCUGGUGAUGGAGGAGUUUAUUGCCAAUGGUGGGAUGAUCGGUACAACCAUUGGGCCUAAGGGGCUUAUGGAAUCAGAUAAAGAUUCUUAUAACUUUCAGAAAGCUUUGCAGGACAAAAAGAUGGAGCAGGAAGCCCUCAAGCUCUGGGUGAGGAUGAGGAAUGAAGUCAUCUCUGAACUCCAGGAGAGAGGAUUUGAUGUCGAAUGAUAGAGGUGCUUCCCAUUCUUACAUAGCUGUACUUAUUACAAGCAAAAAUAUUGAAACUUUUUGUAUUAUUAUUACUCUGUAUUAUAAAGAAAUAAACGACAAUACCAUGAUUUGUGUAGUUAAUGAUGCAGUAACUAGUUAUAUUUGAUGAAAAACCACAAAGAAUUUGCUGCGCAUUGGUCCAAUUAGGAACUACGUAUGCGUAACAGAAAUAUUGGCUAUCCAAGA